AUGUAUGCCCAAAAAGAACAAUAUCCAUUGAUCAAAUAUAGUUAGCGUCGGAAUGCGUGUGCCUAGCAUCGGAUUAAAUGCAACCAUGAUCAUCGCCCCACGUUUGUUUGCUCUCCGAUUAGAUUACAUCAACUUGUACAAACAACUGUCUCCAUGCCUCCAUCACACUUCACUUCGUGCAUUCGAAUCGCCACAUAUCAUCCAUUGCGUCUUCCAGCAACUAGACUGCGAUCCUCUCUAUCUGUUCCCAAUCCCAGUGCGAACAGCUCAAGAAGACUUCACAUCACCCCGAAACGCUUCAACAUGUCAGACUUUGCGGCCUACACUGCUAAUGGUGCAAAGACUGCUACGCAGCAAGAACCCAUAAUCAAUGGCAAUGCAUGGGACACUCAGACCAACCCCGCGGCCUUCGAUUUCCGUUCCGAUGUCACCACCAAGCCAACUGCUUCCAUGCUGGCCGCUAUCCAGCAAUGCACUCUUCUUGACGACGUUUUCAUGGAGGACCCAACAACGCAAUCACUAGAGAAAUUCAUUGCGGACCUCACCGGCCACGAAUCUGCAUUGUUGGUGCUAUCGGGCACGAUGGGCAAUCAAGUCGCAUUACGCGCGCACCUCACCACACCACCCCACGCCGUUCUGUGCGAUAGGAGAGGACAUAUUAUAAAUUAUGAAGCUGGAGGCGUGGCAACGUUGAGCCAGGCAAUGGUCCAGCCUCUCGACCCCAAGAACGGCGCAUACUUGACCCUCGAGGAGAUCCAGGAACAUGCCGUGAUCUCUGAUGACGUGCAUGCAUGCCCUACCCGCGUUAUAGAGCUUGAGAAUACACUAAACGGCGCCCUCAUGCCUCUGUCAGAAGUCCAGAGGAUCUCAAGGUGGGCGCGGGAGAAUGGCAUCAUCGUACACUUGGACGGUGCUCGGCUUUGGGAGGCCGUCGCUGCGGGUGCUGGUACACUCAAAGAGUUCUGUCAAGAGGUAGACAGUGUGAGUCUGUGCUUCAGCAAGGGCCUUGGUGCUCCCAUCGGCUCGAUCAUUGUAGGAUCUUCCGAGUUCAUCAAGCGUUCGCGCUGGAUCCGAAAGUCCAUCGGAGGAGGCUUGCGUCAAGCUGGUGUUGUCGCUGCGCCCGCUCGUGUAGCAGUUGAGGAGACCUUCCUUGGUGGUAAACUUGCACAGACACAUAUCAAGGCUAAGAAGCUCGAGAAGGCUUGGGCUGACUUGGGCGGCCGAGCGAAAUACCCGGUAGAUACCAACAUGGUCUGGUUGGAGGCUGAUGGGGUCACCAUCAGCGAUCCCCGAUGGACGGAGCUCGGGCAGAAGUAUGGUCUUAGGAUGAUGGGUGGGCGAUUAGUCGUGCACUAUCAGAUCACCGAUGAAGCCAUUGAGAGGGCUAUUCAGGUCUUCAAGGAGAUUGUCACAGGGGAACAAGGUAGCUUCAGAAGCAAGGACGCCGAGUUCAACAAUGAGGACAUGGCCCUCAAAGGAAAGGGUGUUGAGUAGUCUAAAUGAAUUAUACUACCUGAUAUGAAACUUGUUCAAAAGACAUCUUUUCUGGUGCCACGUUGUCAUAGUUCACUACAAAGCGAUAAGAUUUUGGAUAAUCCACCAGGCAUGUCGCCACAAUGGGGAGGCAGAGCUGGAAGCAGAUGGUUCACCCUGGUGGUGAAGCUACGGGCCACAAAGAAUGGCCUUAUACAUUGUACCAU